UAUCUUGUUCUCCCUCCCCCUUCCUUCUCUCUCCACCUCCUCUUGCUCUCGCUCUAGCUCUGAGUCAUCUCUGAAUCUUCUCUGAAUGGAGAUGUUGAAUGAUUGAAAUAGUUAAUGAGUAAAAAUUUACUAAGAACCACGAAGUGUAAGAGUGGGCAUGAAGGAUAACAAGGACUUAGGCUAAAUAUAGUGCUAAUAAUUUUGCAGUAUUUUAAUGAGUAUUAAAUCCUCAUUAAUAAAUGGAUGAACAUAGCCUUUGACCACAAGGAGAUCACAUUCUCCUGAAGCUUUUGGCAUUAAUAACUGAUGCCAUUUUAGGCUUUGCAUCUCGUUUCUGAGAAAGUUGAAUCUGGGCCUUGUUGUCCUAGAGCUCCUGUUUCCAUAGAAACAAGAGGUACUGUUGCUAAAGCAGCAGGAAGUGGAGCUUGUACUUCCGGUUGAUGCCGGAUGCGCGGACAACCGGAAAUUGACUCAACACGGUUGCACAUGGCGGCUUCUGGAGAGGAUGCCUCUCGUGGUGUUUUGUGGGCUGCCGUACAGCGGCAAGAGUCAGCGUGCAGAAGAACUGCGCGAUGCACUGGCCGCCGAGGGUCACGCGGUGUACCUGGUGGAUGACGCUUCGGUGCUGGGCACGGCGGACGCGACCGUGUACGGCGACUCUGCCCGGGAGAAGGCUUUGCGUGGGGCGCUGCGAGCCUCGGUGGAGCGACGUCUAACUCGGCACGAUGUAGUCAUCCUGGACUCGAUUAACUACAUUAAGGGUUUCCGCUACGAGCUCUACUGCCUUGCGCGGGCGGCGCGCACACCACUGUGCCUGGUGUACUGCGUAAGGCCUGGCAGUACGAGCCAGGGAACUCAGGUGGCGGGCGUGGAGGAGAGCCGGAACAUCCUUGUGAGUUGGAGGCCGCGCGCGGAGGAGGACGGGAAAUUCCAAGCGACCCGCCCGGGUGUCGCCAGAGAACCGUACGCAGCCUGCUCUGAAGUAAAUGGGCCAGUCCUGGUUGACAGACCCAAGGAACUGAAGCGUGAGGAUAUCGGGACAUCAGAUCCUCCAGUUCCAGUGACUCCGGAGUGUGAGAAAUCUGAAAAGCAUGUGUCCGGUACUUUUUUCUCUCCCGAACUAAUGGAGGCGUUAACGCUGCGCUUUGAGGCUCCUGACUCUCGGAACCGAUGGGAUCGGCCUUUGUUCACCGUGGUGGGGUUAGAAGAGCCGUUGCCCUUGGAGGAGAUCCGGACUGCUCUGUUUGAGAACCGGCCUCCUCCACCCCAUCAGUCUACACAGUCCCAGCCCCUUGCCUCCGGCAGCUUUCUGCACCAGUUGGAUCAAGUCACGAGCCAGGUAUUGGCUGGACUGAUUGAAGCGCAGAAGAGCGCUGUUCCUGGGGACUUAUUAACACUUCCUGGCACCAGGGAGCACCUACGGUUUACCAGGCCCUUCACCAUGGCAGAACUGAGUCGCCUCCGUCGCCAGUUUAUAUCCUAUACUAAAAUGCAUCCCAAUAAUGAGAACCUGCCUGAACUGGCCAACAUGUUUCUUCAGUAUCUGAGCCAGAGUUUGCACUAAUCAGAGGGGUAGGGUGAAGCCAUGGCUCCUAACUUCCUCUGCACUUUCAUUUCUCUAGAAUGAUUGUCAGAAGAUCUGCAGAGUAUGAUUCAAUUCAGUUGUCAGAGUCUGAUGAGUUUGAGUCAAACUUUCUUAGCUGUCUCUGCCGGGUCCUAAAUUUACAACAUAAAUUGAGACUAGAGAGAAGGGGGAAUUAGCUUGGAGGAUCCUGGCAAAUUUCUCCAGAGGAGAGACCUCAGGUGGAUAGGGCUUGCUUAGAUUGGACUCUAGAAUAUCAUACACAAUUGAUUACUAUGCCAGCUUUUUGCUAGUCUGUCCUGCCAUUGGGAAGCUUUGCAUACUAGAUUAUUUCCUCCAAUAAAAUAUUUUAAAAGUAGAGUCUGCUGGAAUCUCUUUCACUUUUUCCACGUAACUUAGUAUUACGUUUUAUAUACAUGUGUGUCAUUGUUAUACCUUGACUGAAAUAGUACUUUGAUACUGCUUAAUGAGAGGCUAGAUUGUUUGGCCUAACCUGGAGUGAUUGUAUUAUAAUAACUUCCAUAACUAUUGUGCUUCAUUCUGUGUUUCACGACAAAUACCAUUCUAUCACUGGUAUCAUUGAACAAAUGGUAACUA